CUCCUCCUCCAGGGUGCCACCGCCAUCCUCUUUGCGGUCUUUGUCCGCUACAACCGUGAAACCGACGCUGCCCUCUGGCACUGGGGCAACCACAGUAACGCGGACAAUGAAUUUUACUUUCGCUACCCAAUGUUUCUCAAUUAAAGCCAAAGAUAGUCUUACUGAUACACAGACCCAAGACAAAGGAAACAGGACCAGAUGCACCGGCUGAACAUCAUACUAGGCUUCCAGGACGUGCACGCCAUGAUCUUCGUGGGCUUCGGCUUCCUCAUGGCCUUCCUGCAGCGCUAUGGCUUCAGCAGCGUGGGCUUCACCAUCCUCCUGGCCGCCUUCACCCUGCAGUGGUCCACACUCGUCCAGGGCUUCUUCCACUCCUUCCAUGGCGGCCACAUCUAUGUUGGUGUGGAGAGCAUGAUCAAUGCUGACUUCUGUGCUGGAGCUGUCCUUAUCUCCUUUGGUGCCAUACUGGGCAAGACUGGGCCUGCUCAGCUGCUGCUCAUGGCCCUGCUGGAGGUGGUGCUGUUUGGCCUCAACGAGUUUGUGCUCCUUAGUCUCCUGCGGGUGAAGGAUGCAGGAGGCUCCAUGACAAUCCACACUUUUGGUGCCUACUUUGGGCUGGUCCUCUCCUGGGUCCUCUAUAAGCCCCAGCUGGAGAAGAGCAAGCAUCGCCAGGGUUCUGUCUACCAUUCGGACCUCUUUGCUAUGAUUGGGACCAUCUUCCUGUGGAUCUUCUGGCCUAGUUUCAACUCUGUGCCCACUACUCUGGGGAACGGGCAGCAUCGGACAGCUCUCAACACGUACUACUCCUUGACCGCCAGCACCCUCAGCACCUUUGCCUUGUCAGCCCUUGUCGGGCAGGAUGGGCGGCUGGAUAUGGUCCACGUCCAGAACGCAGCACUGGCCGGGGGGGUUGUGGUGGGGACCUCAGCUGAAAUGAUGCUGACACCCUUUGGAGCUCUGGCAGCUGGCUUCCUUGCUGGGACCGUCUCCACCCUGGGGUACAAAUUCUUCACGCCCAUCCUUGAGUCAAAAAUCAAAGUCCAAGACACAUGUGGUGUCCACAACCUCCAUGGGAUGCCUGGGGUCCUGGGAGCCCUCCUGGGGGUCCUUGUGGCUGGACUGGCCACUCAUGAAGCUUACGGAGAUGGCCUGGAGAGCGUGUUUCCGCUCAUAGCCGAGGGCCAACGCAGUGCGAUGUCUCAGGCCAUACACCAGCUCUUCGGGCUGUUUGUCACAUUGAUAUUUGCCUCUGUGGGCGGGUGCCUUGGAGGGCUCCUGCUGAAGCUGCCCUUCCUGGACUCCCCGCCAGACUCCCAAUGCUACGAGGACCAGAUUUACUGGGAGGUGCCUGGGGAGCAUGAGGAUUUAGCCCAGGGACCCCUAAGGGCAGAGGAACCAGACACUCAGGCCUAACUUGCGUCCAGCCCUGGAAAGGAUGCUCUCCUUUUAGAAGAUGACGACUGGCUACCUUUGGGAAGCUCUUCUUUUCUAGCUCCCAUCACUCCUGCUGCAAGAAAGAAGACAGGGGCUGGAAGGAGCCGCCUUUCCAUAGGCAGCAUUGGGAGAGAAGCAGUAGAAGGCUAGGGAGAUAGUGGAGGAGUGGGCUGGCUAUAAACUGGCCAUGGUGGGGGAGACCCUCACAUAGCCCCAUGCCCUGCAAAUGAGGCACCUGAGUGAUUGCUGAUCCACUGGACCAGCAUCACACAGUUACAGUAAAGCCUGAGUCAAGGCCUAGCUCUAUAAGGAUGAUAAACACAUCGCCAAAGA